AUGAGUUUACAAUCAACUACAUCAGGAGGUUACACAUAUCCUCUAGCGAAUGAAAUAUCAAGACUGCCUAUAUGGCCCACAUAUACUGAAGAUUCCGAUGGAAACCCAAUAUGUAAAUCUAUUGUAGAUCCUGAUACGUAUCUAAUUCCAAAGCCUUCAAAUUCACGAAAAGAAUUUACAUUUUAUCCGCCGAAAAAUAAGAAUGUUUAUUACUAUAACACAACAAACAUUAACAAAAUACGAUCAUUAUUGGAUUUUGCGAACGCUAAAGAUCGAGAUGAAUUAGAAUAUGUUAGAGAUAUCAUUAUAUCUGAUAUGGAAUCAAUCCCUUCAAAUCUUCAAGAAUCUUAUUUAAAGCUUUUAACUGAAAUAUUUUUAGACUCUGCUAAAAUCUAUGGAGUAAAAGAUUAUUUAAAAGAUUUAAAAUUCGUUCCAAAUAAGCAUUUUAAACUUAUUUGCGCAAGAGAUUUAUAUGAUCAAAAUCAUCAAUUAUUUAAAUUUAUAUAUGAUGAUGAUCGAUUUCUUCAUAAUAGGCUUCAAGAUAAUUCGAAUUCUUUAAAUUUUCUUAAAGAAAUUGGAUUAAAAGCAGAUGCUAAUGAAUACCUAUUUAUUAGAUGUGCUGAAGAGAUUGCGACCAAAUUUGAGAAAAGUAAAGAAAAUAAGGAUAGUUUAUCCAAUCUCAGAAAUAUUAAAAAUUCGGCAAAAAAGAUGGUUUUUUAUUUUUACGAUCAUUCUGAAUUAAAAUUUACUGAAGAGGAAUGGAAUGAAUUAGUAAAUAUUAAAUUUAUUCCAAUUACAAAAUUUAAAUUUGGUCCAAAUAAAUUUUUAAAUGAUUUAUACUCUCGUUAUUCUCGUUAUGGUGAAAGUUCUGAUUAUGAAUUAGAAUGUUUUAAAAAUAUGUGUCAUCCAAAAUAUGUGAGUCUUGUGUGGACUCAGUUAGCAUUUUUUGAAGAUGAACCACCUGAAGAAAUUUUAAAAAAAUAUGAAGAUUUUGAAAUACCUCUUGGUAUACCAACUAUUCCAACGAUCAUUGAUCAUUUAAAAGCAAUCCAAUCAACAGUAUCCAAGUCGAAUGAUUGGAAAGAAUUAGGUGAAUUAGGCGGUCGUUUGUUAUUUGAUGA